ACCAUUUUUUUCCGACUAGAUGUGCCAUCGCAGUUGGCCAAGUAAAGCCGCAGCAAGGAAGGGAAAGAUCUUUCUCUACCUCUUUCUCAUUCUCUCCUCCUAGUUCUUUCUUCCUAUCUGUUCUAAAUUUAAACCCACCCACUCGGUUUCAACUUUCAACUACUUUUUCCAUUAAUUUUUUUUCCCCCUUUUUUUGGUUUCUUAUUUCUGUUCUAAUUCUCGGAUGUGUUCUUGUGGAAGUGCAAUAUAUGGAAUUAGCAAUCCAGUUCUUCAUCUCUCCUUUCAAAUCAACUUCAGGGUCUGAGAUCUGAUCCCUAUAUCAGAAUCCCAAUUGGGUACUUUCUAUAUAUUCUUCGUCUUCUUCUUUAAAUAAUCAUUGUCAUAUCUCUCAGACGGCCGCCAACCUGUUCUCUUUUUCACCUACAAUAUCAAUUUCAACUCUGAAAUCUGAUCUGGGUUCUCUUGAAAUCGUAGAUUGGGGGCGUACUUAGCCAUGGGUCUCUGUUUCAGUAAGGGCCAGGAAGCAACUAAACCAAAUGCUUAUGGGUACAGAACAAUAGGAAACGACGACGUCGGUGGUGGUGGUGGAGUUGUGGCAAGGCAUCAACAGAGAACUCAGCAACAUUUGGUUCAGCAAUCCAAAGCUUCUGCCCAGCAAACCCACCCGGUACCUGUAAAGCGGCCGGCGCCUGCACAGGCACAGGCACAGCCGCCUGCCCCUUCCUCGUUUAAGCAACAGUCUCCUUGUGCCGCUGUUCAUAAGCCAGAUACCAUCCUAGGAAAGCCAUUGAACGAUGUGAAGUCGUGCUACACUCUUGGGAAGGAACUGGGUAGGGGUCAAUUUGGGGUGACUUACCUCUGCACAGAGAACUCGACUGGCGACACUUAUGCCUGCAAGUCCAUAUUAAAGAGGAAACUUGUCACUAAGAAUGACAAGGAAGACAUGAGAAGGGAGAUUCAGAUCUUGCAACAUUUAACUGGGCAACCUAACAUUGUGGAAUUUAAAGGUGCUUUUGAGGAUUUGCAAUCAGUUCAUCUCGUCAUGGAGCUCUGUGCCGGUGGAGAGCUCUUUGAUCGGAUAAUUGCGAAAGGGCAUUACUCUGAGAGGGCAGCUGCCUCCAUAUUCAGGUCCAUUGUCAACGUUGUUCACAUCUGCCAUUUCAUGGGUGUGAUGCAUCGAGAUCUCAAGCCCGAGAAUUUCUUGCUUUCCAGCAAGGAUGAAGGAGCCAUGCUGAAGGCCACCGACUUUGGGUUAUCUGUCUUCAUUGAGGAAGGUAGGGUGUACCGAGACAUGGUAGGGAGUGCUUACUAUGUUGCUCCUGAAGUUCUGCGGCGUAACUAUGGGAAGGAAAUCGAUAUUUGGAGUGCAGGAGUUAUCUUAUAUAUUCUACUCAGUGGUGUUCCUCCUUUCUGGGCUGAAACGGAGAAGGGAAUAUUUGAUGCGAUAUUAAAAGGAGAUAUAGACUUUGAAAGUCCCCCUUGGCCAUCAAUAUCAGGCAGUGCCAAAGAUCUGGUUAGAAAGAUGCUAACACAAGAUCCAAAAAAGCGGAUUACUUCAGCACAAAUUCUUGAGCACUCAUGGCUGAGAGAAGAUGGUGAAGCAUCAGACAAACCAAUAGACAGUGCAGUUCUCUCUAGGAUGAAGCAAUUCAGGGCAAUGAAUAAGCUCAAGAAGCUUGCACUGAAGGUGAUUGCGGAAAAUCUUAAUGAAGAAGAAAUUAAAGGGCUGAAGGCAAUGUUUGCGAACAUGGACACGGACAAGAGUGGUACAAUCACUUAUGAAGAAUUGAAGUCGGGGUUGGCUCGACUUGGAUCAAAGCUCUCGGAGGCUGAAGUUCGGCAACUAAUGGAUGCUGCUGAUGUGGACGGAAAUGGUACAAUUGACUACCUUGAAUUCAUCACUGCUACUAUGCAUAGACACAGGCUAGAACGGGAUGAGCAUCUAUACAAAGCGUUUCAGUAUUUUGAUACAGAUAGUAGUGGGUUUAUCACGAGAGAUGAAUUGGAAACAGCCAUGAAGGAGUAUGGAAUGGGUGACGAAGCCAGCAUCAGGGAAAUAAUACAGGAAGUGGACACAGAUAAUGAUGGAAAAAUCAACUAUGAGGAGUUCUGUACAAUGAUGAGAAGUGGAAUACAGCAGCAACAUCCGGUGAACCUUUUCUAGUUUCCCCCAUGAGCAGCUAUGCAUUUUUGGACUGCUUGUGAAUUACAUUUAAUUUGCUGACAAGCUAGACCGGACCAUGAAAGUUCGACUCAAUGGCUCCUGGAGGACAGUCUCAUCAGAGGUCUAAUAUAUGUUGCUGAUAUUCAGUGGAUUCUUUCACAAACUAUCUUCUGCUCUGUUCUGAUCUUCAAUACAAAGGGCAUUUUGCGGUGUUCGUAGUUGGGGGUGGUCUUUCAAGAAUAUGUAGUUUUGGGAAGAUUUUCUUCUUAGGUGUGGUUAAAUAGAUAAUUGGGAAGCUGCCCUGGUUAAAUAGAUAAAGGGAAAAGGUUGUCUGAGCCGACCCGAGGGUACACACUCUCUCUCUCUCUCUCCCCUGUUUAUCAAACCCUCUUCACCCCUCUCUUAUACUGUUGGCUCAGAGAACCCGCUCCCAUAAAUAAUUAUUUCGAGUGUUGAUUAUUUUUUGCUCGUAUAUUAGACAAUAUUACUAUAGUAUCAGGAACAUUUUUUUGUUUAAUAAAUCUUUUUAACUAUCA